GACUUAGGACUCCCAGGCUUUUUAGGAUCUUUGGAAGAUAUUCGCGCUUUGAGCAAGAGUGAGCUUUUGAAUCUGUUCGGAAAUACUAUAAAACUGUUCAAAAAUGAUAUCAAAACAAUGGGGGACCUGGCAGAUCGCUCGAGAGAUGAUAAAGUGAAAGGAUCUGUAUUGAUGACUAAAGGAGCAUUCAAAGUGAAUGGCGAAAAGAUGAUCCACAACAAUGAACCUGUGCAUUUCCAUCGUAUUUGCCUUCCAGGAGCUCCCGAUUGUACUUUAAUAUGUUGGGGUAAAAGAAAUUUCCAGCUUGUAGAGUGGGUUUAA